AUUGAUUGGGUAGUUGACAAAUUGAAAUAGACCUGGUUUAAGCAAUAUUGGUUCAGUCGAUGUUGACGCAUACACCAAAGAAGCAGCAAAAACACUUCAUUUAAGUUUACGUAAUCAGAAUAAAAGAGGAUAUACUCAUUUUUCUGUCAACAAGUUAAAAGUGCAUUAAUCAUUACAAAUUAAGACAUUUUAAAACAAAAACUGUCGGUCGUUUGUUGUUUUAAUUGCUUUUAAAUGAGGUAGCCUCAAAUAUAACGACAUCUGAAAAAUUUUCAACUCAUUUCAAAGUAAUUACAAGAGGUGGGACAACAAUCACGAAAGGAAAAAGAUACAUACGUUUAUCCAGUUGAUAUGGAUUUAAAAAGUUUUAUGUUCACCAUGCUCAUGACCUUCAUUCAAGAUAAUGACGCGUAUUCUAUUGCAAACGCGAAAGUGCUAAAAAGCUAUUUCCAGAACAACAGAAACAACAGAAGCAACAGAUAUUUAUUAGCGGACAUCAAGAAAGUUUCAGUUCAAAGUGACGCAAUGAAAUUGUAUUCAAUUUCCGCAAAGAAAUUUCUAAAAGUUAAAGAAGAAAAGGGAGAAAAAAGUUGGUCACCAAUAUUUCAAAUGUCUCUGACAAGCAAAAAAGACACAUACAAAAACAAAUUUGUCACUGAAAGUGUGAUGUACCAUAAUUUAAGGAUACGUUCGCCAAGCAGCAAGAACUACAUCUGUGGAAACAACAAAGGCGAUAUUAUAUUUAAACCUUCUGCAUUCAGGGUACAAAAAUCUGCAUCUAAGGGGCAAAAAUCCCGUCGAAGAUGUGAAUUUACAUGGGAUUUUACAAGUCAAAUGCACAUCGAAUUGCAAAUAGAAGCGCUAUCUCUCUACCUGGCAGUGAAAGAUAAUCAGGUGAUCCUGGUUAGGAAAGAGGAAAGUACAGAAUUAGAACGCUCUUUUAUUUGGAUUCCUACCAGAAAUCUGCGUCCAAGGGGUCGCAGUUUUUCAGAUGACAUGGAAAAGAAUACCUGCGACAGCAUGUCACAAAAACUGAGAAAACUUAGCAGCCGAGUAAAAAAAUUAAAUGAAAGCAUUUUCUCUUUAAACAGUGAAAUGAGGAGAAAAUCUUGUCCUAAAAUUUAUCCAAAAUAGACGCCCAAAGUUGACAUAUGGAAUCUCCAUGAUUGGAAUCAUGGAUAUAUAACCUUCAAAAAAUAUGGAGCUCUGUACGUUGUAUGCAGAAUAAAGAAAAACGAGAGCGCAGAAUGUCAAACAUAUUAUUUACCUGGGAAAUCAAUUUCAUGCUGAUUUCAACCAUUUGCAGUCAAAAUACUGAGAACACUUAAAAAUAUGCUUAAAAAUGUAAUUUGUCUAUAUUUAAUAAUUUAUUUUACUAUUGAAAA